AGCGGGCGGCGGCGGCGGGGCGAGGCGGCGGCGGUGGUUGGGAUUUGGCACCCACAAGUUCCAGAUGUCCUCCUGGAUGUUGUUGCUGGCAUUAUAAAGCAGUGAAGAGAAACUGAAGGAAGGAAGUAUUACAUGCCUUACUGACCAGAAAAAUUCCUGAAGUAUUUGGACAAACUACGUAUAUAUGUAGAAAAAUCUAAAAAGGUUGAAAGUGUGUGGAGAGGAUGGGUUACGACAUCGAGCGCUUCGUUGGCUACGUUAACGAAGGGCUGUUGUGCUCCAUCUGCCGCGAUGUGUUGGAAGAUCCGUUACAGGCUCCUUGUGAACACGCCUUCUGUACUGCUUGUAUACACGGGUGGCUUGUUCAUCACAGCAACUGCCCUGAAGACAGACAAAUGAUUGAUGUAUCUUUGCUACGACCUCUCUACAGAUACAUGAAAAAUGAUUUAAACCGUCUUCAGCUCCAUUGCAAAAACAGAGAGUAUGGCUGUGAAAUGGUUUGUUCUCUGGAGUCUAUAGACAGGCACGAAAGGGAGUGUGAAUACAGUCAGAUACCUUGCUCCAACGCCGGUUGUACGGUUCAGAUUGAGCGACGUAACUUAGAAGGUCACCUGGCGGUGUGUGAGUACCGGAGCCGGGAGUGCCCCAACGGCUGUGGUUACACCAUCCUUAGUGCAGAAGACACACAGCACAAUUGUGUGGCAGAGCUCAGGACCGAGCUGGAACUACUUCGGUCAGAAAUGAUCUGCAGAGUGGAGGAGGCAAAACACGAGAUGGAGUCAAGGUUAGAUUCACAGAGAAGGCAUAUGGUCCAAAAAGAGAGUAUUCUGCAAAAUGAAAUCGAAGAACUAAAGAGUCAGAUGUCACGAAUGAUGUCAGACAUCCGCUCUCUGAUGGCUGCAGAGAGACAGCACCGGCAAGAGCUGGAGCAGGCAGAGCUGGAAAAAAGGGAAUUAAUGGAGCUGUUGAGGGGGCUGCAGAAGGACUGUCGGCUGACCACCAACGAGGGAAGCAGGAAGGCAACAAACUUCCGCCCUCUGGCACGACUGGAGAGUGUGAAACGAAAACCUAGGGAAGUUACAGUUAUCUAAACAGAAGUAAGCUCAAAAAGCAUUUUCUUCUGUGACCAUCUGGCAAACUUUUCUACUUUUUGUGAAUGAUUGGUAAACUGUAGAUCAUUUCUGAUUUACCUGGGGUUUUUUUCUGAAAAUCUGGAUUACUUUAUUUCCUCUUGGGGCAUGAAAACAAACAGGAGAACUUUCUCUUAGGGAACACUGGGCAUUAAAACCAGUAAUUGGUAAAUACGUUUUUAGCUACUGUUUUUAUAAAAAGGGGGAAGGAGGCUUGAUUUGUUAUCUCUUCAUUUACAGGAGUUUUUCAAGCCUGAAAGCUAGAGCCUUUUAAAGUCAAAGAUACUUAAAGGUUGUUUCCUUCCUGGUCCAUUAUGGUCCAUGUGGGUCUAGUUCUCGCUUAUAUUUGAAAAAGAAAGGAAAUGUGAUCAUCAGUAAUCAGAAAUGUGAUCAGUAAUGAUCACUUAAUUUUGAGAAAAGUCAGUGGUAAGAUUAGUAAGCCAGUAAUAGAAAUGGAUAGAUUUUGUUUGUGUAUAGUCUGUACAAGGUAUAUUUCAAAGGUGGAAAGAAAGCACUUCAGUGUGCUGUUCUGCUGCGUAACACCUUCAGGCGAGGUUGGCUUGUACUUUAGAGCUUCUCUAAUUGCCCAGGCUCAUACACACUUAAGAGACUAAUACCAAAGCCCGAGAUAAGAGUCAUCUAAAGCCUUUUAAAUAGAUGUGUGAGUGACUUGGAGUUUGUGGGAGGGGAUCUGCAUUUUAUAUAAAAAUUUGAAGCUUUUAUAUGUGAAAAUAUCCACUAUUUCUACAGCGUCCUGUAAGCUUAAGACCAGCCCAUUCAGUCCUCAGUAUCUUUAAAGCAUAUAUAAAUAUCUUGAGUAUCCUUACUUUUUCUUUUGGCAGGUUUAAGGCUACUUGAACAUUAAUAUAUCCACAACUGAUGAAUAUUUGCACAGUCACUCGGACUUCGGACGUCUUUAUUAGUACUCACGUUUGCAGCUGUGUAAGAGCUAGGAUUUUUUAAGACUCACAAAUACUGAAUCGAGGGGGCAUUUAUGUGUAAGGACUGCAUGAGAAAUCUCUGCACUUCAAUUUUUCUCUCAACUUCCUGCACAGCCUGUUUGUGUUGUUUUCAGUGCUAGAAUUAAGCCAUAUUCUGUCCUCUCGCAGCUCUUCAGUGGAGUACAGAAUCACAGAAUCUUCUAGGUUGGAAGGGACCUUAAAGAUCAUCUUGUCCAACCGUCAACCUAAC